AUAGUGCAUAUAUUAUCAGAUGCCUAAACCACUUUUUUUUUUACUGUUCACAACACAACACGUUAGAAAAGAUUUGUUUUUUUUAAUUAUUGGGAUGUUUUGACUUAUAUUGAUAAAACAGUACUUGUAGGUAAAUCUGAUUUCAAAAGCCAUAUUAGGAAUAACGACAAUGACAUCUUCAAAAUUAUGUUUAAAAAAUCGUAAUAGAAUAAAAAUUCCAAAUUCAAAGAUAUUAGAAAAAGAUCAAGACCAUGACAUGUUUUUGUCAAAACUAAAUAAGGCCUUUUGUUGUGAAAAUUUUAAUACAUUUCCACUGAAUACUAGUUUGGGACGUCUUCCGCUAUCAGAAUUAGCAAAAGAACUUAAAACUGGGAAUUUGAUAAGUAAAUUUGAAGAGUUUGAAUAUUAUACUGAUGGAGAAGAUGAGUCACCUUUUGUUUACACAUGUUCAUUCGUAUUGGCUAUUAUGUAUUUUGAAAGAUUGAAAGUGUCUAAUCCAACAUACUUGAGAUCAAUAAAUUCGUCUGAAUUAUUCCUUAUAUCAUUACUAGUGGCAAGUAAAUAUUUACAUGAUGAUGGUGAAUUAGAUUCGGCAAUUAAUAGUGAAUGGGCUACAGCAUAUGGUAUAAGCCUUAAGGAUAUUAACCAAAUGGAAAAAGAAUAUUUAUCUGCAAUGAAUUGGGAGUUUUACAUAAGCGAAGAGGAAUAUUCUAAAAAGUACAAUGAAAUAAUUUUUGAAUUAUACAGUGAUAUAAAAAAAUCAAAUUCUAUUCUCAUUAAAAUGUUCCUGUUGAUUUCAAAAGUUACACAGACUAUAAGAAAGUUAUAUCGAAAGAAGGUUUUGCGUCAGAAAAUUAAACAAAUGAUUGCUAUGUCUACAGUUAUAACGGUAGUUACUGCAACAGCAGCUAUGCAAUUGAAAACCGAUCCAUUAAGUUGGAGUACACAUUUGGCAAGAGAUUUGCAAAGAGAAAUUAAGACUGAUCCAAAUUAUCCAAUAAUUCCUUCUACCCAUUUAAAUCCUACACCGACAAUAAAGCGUGUUGAUAAUACCGCUAGUGAUCUGAUACCAUCCAAAUUAACCUUAUUGCUCAACCAUUUAAUGCUGAUGAAUAUAUGUUUAUCAUAUAAACAUCAGCUAUCACCAUAUAAAACUGUUUUAGAAGAAAGUUUUAAUAGUGGAUAUCGAAAUAUUGCAAAUUUGAAUGAUACAGUUUUUUUAAAUAAAUUAAUACCUGCAAAUUUUUCAUAUUAAUGACAUUUGUGAAAAUCUGAAGUUUUGAGUUAAUAUAUUUUAUUAAUAUAUUAAUAAAAUGUAUAAUUUUAUUUAUUAAUAUUCAUUAAGACAUUCUUUAACGUGUUCUCAUUAAUUUAAAUGUAAGCUUAAAUAAGGAAAAUAUAUUUUUGUUUAGUUUUUACAAGAAAUUAAUUUAUUAAAGCACGAUUGUGUUAUCCUUAUUUCUAUUACAUUAAUAUAUUACUAUAUUAGAAUAUUUUUCUAAGAUAUUAUUUUGGAAAAUAUUUUUCUAACCUUUCAAGUAAACAACCAAGAGUAUAUGAUUUAUUUAAAGUUUUUAAAUAAAAAGAUUAAAAGCACACAUUCAAAUUGAGCAGGUUUAAUUUUUUCAACAUCUAGAAUAGAACACACUUGUGGGUAAUUAUUACCAAAAAAGUAACACUAAGCUAUAUAUAUAUAUUUGCUUAUAGCUUAUAGCCUUAUGUUUUAAAUUAAAAUUGUGAAAUGAACAAUUUAUAUAAGCAACACUUAAUAGGCACAAAUUGGGAUUACCCCUUUUCCUUUAUAAGUUAAACGUACAGGCAUAAUAUCAAUUUUCAGUUGUCAGAUUAAUGAUUUAAAUUAUACCAAUAAUUUAAAAACAUUUAUCCUAAUUCAAACAAUGCAUAAAUUAUUAAUUAAUUAUUUUAUUUCUUUAAAACAAAAAUAAAGUUAUAUUUAAAAAAGUAUAAGAAAUUUAAGUUUUUUACUCAUUGUUUUAAAAAUCAAAUCGGUAUGACUACAUUUAUAGUUUCCAACUGUUUGAAUCAAUUCAAGUAAAUGUAAAAAUUGAUUAAUUAUUAAUUUAUUUUUUUCUAAUAAAGUGAAGAAAUUAAAAAAGUUAACAACUGAUAUAUUGGAAUGCUAAUGUUUUGUUUUUAUAUUUUUUCUAACAUGAAUAUACGACAUUUAAUUUUUUUUACAAAACUAUCUUAGUUUAAUUAUCAAAAUAUUCGUAUGAAGCUUUUGGACAUAAUAGCUUAUAUCCAAGGGAAGCUUUACACCUCUUUACGCAAAUAAUAGUAUAUUUUUUCAAUUUUAAUAUGGUUUAAUUUUUUCUACGGAAAAACAACAGCAAAAAUAAAUGAUAAUUUAAUAUAAAAUAUAUGUUUGUAAUGCAGAUAAGAGUAUUAAACAAUUUAUACUUGGAAGUUUAAUAUUUGAUUUUCAAAAUUUUUAUGGUUUUAAAAUACCAUAUUUUAAUAAAUAAUUCAAAAUUAUGUUGGCUAGUAGUAAAAUAUUAUUUAAUUUUAAAUCACUUAUAUGCUAAAAGGUAUAAUUAUAAUUGUAUUUAAUUCUCAUUUUCUGAUUUAGAAGCAACUGUGCAUAACUUGGCCAAUAAUCCCGAUAACUGUAAUAAUGAAUUCAUUCCUUCAACAAUUCUUAUAUGUACCUUGCCAAUUUCCUG